AUGUUCGUAGCAAUAAAGCAGGAAAGGCCCUUUGUAAGUGUUGAAGGGCGCAAAAGACGGGUGCCUGUGCUUCUCUACAAUGUAUUGUGUGUAGUAACGUUUGGGAUGCUGUACAUGAUCUGUAAGUAUGUCCGAAGCGCCAAGAAAGUCAUACUCAGCUCUCGAUGCAAUAUCUCAGAUGCAGACUGUGUGAUAGUCACGCAUCACAAUGGGCAAGAGGAGUUUAUUGAUGUCAGACUGUAUGAAACGAUGGGUGUGUAUGCUCUUCAAAGAUAUGCACAAGACGGAAAGGCACGUGUGAUUGAAUCACGGUUCUACAGGUUGAUAUACGAUGUGCCUGCAAAGAGAUUUGUUGUUCCACCUGAGCAAAAGGCACUUGAAAGGAGCUUUGAGGAGUUUUAUAGUGGCGAGGUUUCCAAGUCUCCCGAAAAGGAGAUGGCGGAGUAUGUGCUGAGGAAUGUCUUUUACGGGAAGAACAUAACGAAUCUGCCGGUUCUGGGGAUUCUUGAAAUUCUUGUGAAAAACACGCUGAGUGUUACUUUUAUGUCGAAUGUUGCAUGUGUGCUUGUAUGGAAUGAGAUUGAUUAUGCCAGAUAUGCAAUGGCAAUGGGCAUGAUUGUUAUGUAUUCGUUUGUAUUUACGAACUGGGAGGACAUCCGCCAUUCCAUCAGCAUGCAACGGCUUGUGAAGAAACAGAGUGUGCGGACGCUUCGUGCAGGGCGGUUUGUGCAAGUAGACAGCCGGGAGGUUUAUCCUGGCGAUGUGAUAUACAUUGAGCCAUGCAAUGAGUUUCUCUGCGAUGCAUUGGUGAUACGGGGCGAUGCGAUAACAAACGAGUGUCUUCUAACGGGGGAGACGGUGCCGAUAUACAAGAAUGCAGACCAAGAGUCGAUAAUAUAUUCUGGAACCGGAGUGUUAAAGAGCAUCAACACCAUGCCUAUGUCAUCAUGCAUGGGAGGAGGGAAUCUGUGCAGGGUUAGGAACCUAACAAACAAGAACAAGCCCAGGACUGUUGGAGUUACAGGGUCAAUUGAUGCGUUUGAGAACUUUGCAAUUGGGCUUGUGCUACGGACGGGGUUCCACACAGCACGUGGGCAGAUUCUGAAGAAUAUGAUGAAUGCAAGGCCUGUAGUGAACAGGUUUGUUAAGGAGGCUGAGCUUGCUAUUUUCGGUGUUUUGUGUGCAGCUAUUGUACUGACUGCUGUUAUGGCAUUUGUGUUUGAUACGAUGGGGUUUUCUGGCAGGAUGAAUGUUGCAUACAGCAUUGACCUGUUUUUUACGCUUGCCAAUCCUGCGCUUCCAAUAUAUCUUAGGCUUGGGACGCAGCUGUGCUACAAAAAGCUAUUGAGAAGGAAUAUACACUGCAGCAGUCUUGAUAGGAUUAACUUGGCAGGAAGAGUUGACACAGUGGUGUUUGACAAGACGGGAACGUUGACGUGUGAAGGACUUGAUAUUCUGUGCAUCGAUGAUCUGCAGAAAUCAACAAACGAAAUUGAGGAGAUGGGUAUGACGGCAAGGAUUGGGCUGAGCACAUGCCAUCUUGUUUAUGAACUGGAUGGGAAAUAUUCGGGUGACUCUCUGGAUCUAAAGAUGUUUAUUUUUUCGUCUUCUAGGCUUGUGCAGCAUGAAAAUCUGCGAAGCGUAGUUGUUGGAGGGCAUAGCAAGAUAUACGGACCGAUUCUUAAGGAGUACAAUGACACUGAUGGCACGGUGUAUUAUCAGAAGGGCAGGAACGGGAAGCACGGGAUAAGCGAUGAGGACAUGCAAGAUGCGUAUUCGACAAGCCUUGGGGUUGAAAGGACAUGGGAAUGCGAGGCUUCUGAUGAGAUUGGUUCGAGGGAGGAAGGGCCAUGCAAAAAGGAGAUUGAUGAGGAGAUUAAUGUGACAAUAGUAAAGAGCUAUGAAUUUGACUCUGUCAUACGAAGGAUGAGUGUGGUUGUGGAGUAUGCAAGGAAGAAAUGUGUUUUUUCGAAAGGAUCACCUGAAUCGAUACGUUCUGUUUUGAAGAAGGUACCAAAUGGAUAUGAAGAGAAGGUUAGAGAGUAUUCUCUGGGCGGAUAUAGGGUGAUUUCGUUGGCAUAUAAGGAGGUAUCUGAAAGUGUAGACAGAAGCACGGAUGAGUCUGAGCUGAGCUUCCUUGCUCUGGUAGUGUUUUCGAACAAGCUUAAGGCUGAUUCAAGAAGAACUAUUGACGAGCUGAACGAGGCAAGGAUUAGAAAUGUGAUGUGCACGGGAGACAAUAUUCUGACUGCGAUUUCUGUUGGUAGGGAGUGUGGGAUUAUCGAGGAAUUCAUGCCUGUUAUAUUUCCUGUUAUUGAGGAGAAUGCAGAUUCGAUUUUUGAUGUGGAGUGGCUGUGUGUUGGAGAUGAGGAGGAGUUUACGUUCGACAAAGUAAGGCUCAGUCUGUACAGAGAGAAUGAUCGGGGAUCCAGUACGGACUUUGUGGUUGCCUGUGAGGGAAGGGAGUUUGAUUUCUUCAGAAACACCCAUUAUUUCCAGUUUAUUCUAGAGCGUGGGGCGGUGUUUGCAAGGUUUAACCCUGGGCAGAAGAAAGCUCUUGUGGAGAAUCUACAAGCGAAAGGGCGUGUGAUUAUGUUCUGUGGAGAUGGGGCAAAUGAUAGCGGAGCACUUAGUAGUGCGGAUGUGGGCCUUGCGCUUGCACAUAACGAGGCGAGUCUUGCAGCAAGCUUUAUGUCGUCUGACAUAGGAUCGGUGGUUGAUCUGAUACGGGAGGGGCGAUCUGCAUUUGUUACGUCAGUCUCCACGUUUAAGUAUGUGAUUUCUUCGUGUGUGGUUGCAUACAUGGCGUUAGUCUUUCUGAUUAUUAGAAAGAAGUUCCUCAGUGAUUUGCAGACGAUGCAUGGAGAUUUGUUUAUUUCUGUGCCGAUUGCGUAUAUGCUUACACGGUCUGAAGCGUCUAAGAAGAUAUUUGCGACGCGGCCGAAUGUUUUUCUGACGACGAAGUGGAGCACCAUACCUUUGUGUAUCACUGUUGCUAUAGAGGGAGCCGUAUUGCUGUUGCUGUCUGUGUAUGAGAAGCCGAGUGCAUUUCUGAGUGUUGAGACGAUAUCUGGAGAGCUUGUUUUUUUUGGAACUGUGUUUAUCUAUGUCUUGAACGGAAUGUACCUGAGCAACAACAAGCCUCAUUGCCAAGAUCCAGCAAGUAAUGUGAUGUUCAAGGUGUUUGCUGUAGGAAUGAUUUCUGUGAAUUUUCUUUUACUUGUUGGAGUUUAUAAGUAUCCGGAUGUUGCUAUGGAAUGGCUUCCUGAGUAUAAGUUUGUAAGGAUUGGGAUGAGUGAGUUUGUGAUGAUUGUUUUAUGCAUAGUAGUCAUUGGGAUUGCGGUGUUUGUUGUGCAGCCGUUUGUUUCCAAGAUAUUGAAAUGCAAGAGGCAUAGUGGAGAUGAUAAUGAGGGAAGAGAUUGA